AUGGGCAGGAAAUUGGCGCACCAUCUGGUGCUGGCAGGCGCACUGCUUGUGCUAGCUGUCGAAAGUUUCUCGCGGGCAUUGCAAGAAGCCGAUGAUUACACCGCUCAGCAUCACCAUGCGAGGAGUCAGCACCAGCAGCAGAAUCUCCCACAUCACCACAACCACAACCAUCACGCCCAUAGGCAACGGUCGGAGCAGAGUAGAAGCCGGAACCAGACGUCCUUAAACUACUCGCUAAUAAGUGGCCCCGGGUACGGUAAUGGCGCUGGUACCGAUUAUCGGCCACCGUACCAGGGAACGGUGCAACAGCACUGGGCACAUGGACAGCCCCAAGGUGGACACCGGGAAACUCCACCCCAGCAUCGGCGCCACCAUCGUGGUCAGUCGCCGCCUCAGCAGCAACCGGGAGUGAACGGUUGGCGCAGGACAUCCAGGAAUGGUAGCAUACCCGCGGCACGUCCCGUCAACCGGAUGCUAACACGAAGUGGUACUAACCUGUCCGGAGGUUCCCGCCAGCCAUCCAACACCACCAGCAACAGAAACGUGUGCAUCGUUUACAUCCAUCCGAAGUCGGUGAUAAAGACGUACCCCAACGGCCGCUGCACGGAUCCGUCCAACUGUUCCGGGCAUCGGACGUACAUGGUGCCGGUUGCAAAGCGAGCCUGUUGCCCUGGCUGGGACACAACAACAACCGUCGCUGAUGGGUGUUUUAAGCCUGUCUGUCAAACGCCUUGCCGAAAUGGAGGUCGAUGUACUGCACCGGACCGCUGCACCUGUCCGGCAGGAUACACUGGCAGGUACUGCGAGCUGGACGUGAACGAGUGUAAGGAGCACAAACCGUGCGAUCAGACGUGCUACAAUACCGAAGGCUCGUACUACUGUACAUGCCGUGAAGGGUUUAUGCUGCAGAGCGAUCGACAAAGUUGCAAACAGAUCGUGGAAACGAACGACCUCGCUACAGAAGCGCGCGAUAUGGAGAAUGAUCUGAACGUCGACUACGACAGUCUGGAUAUUCGGUUAAGGAAGUUGGAACAGCAGAUGGCUUCCCGUGACGAUAGACAGGAGCUUAACAAAAAGAUCCAAUACGCGAUGGAUGCUGUUUCGGUGCUAAAGUCACAGGUCUCACGAUUGAGCCAACGAAUAUUUCCCUCGGUAAAUUAUGGUAACCGGGUACACUGA